AUGCAACGCAACGACGAGACAAAAUCCGGGGGCCGUGGUAGCGGUGGUGCAGCUGAGAGCGCCGCUGGCCUGGGCGGCACUCGCGAUGCAUCCCUGCAAGAGGGGCCAGGAGCAGGGGCCAGGGCAGGGGAGCCCCUUCCAGGCCCGGAGGCGGGCCCCGGGCCCACGGAGGGGACGGCCGGCCCCGGAGCCGCUGCCGGAGCCGCUGCCGGGACUGGCGGCGGCCCGGGCCCAGGCCCGAGCCCCGGCAGUGGUGCCGGGGCCCGCCCGGCGAAACCGCGGCCGUACAGAGUGCACAAGCGCCGCACGACGCGUGCCUGUGAGGUGUGUCACGACCGCAAAGUGCGCUGCGACGCGUUUAUCCGCGUGCCCUGCAGCUCGUGCCAGGCGUUCGGACUUGUGUGCCGACUGCGCGAGAAACGCACGCGCGGCAGCGGCGCCGCGUCCGCCGCUGCGGGUGUUCUGGGCGACGGCCCACCGGUCACGCCGUCGCCGCCCUCCGACGACCCUGCUGCGCGCUGGUCUGAGCUCGGCGGCUCCAACGCGCCCGGCGCAAAUGCGGGCGCCGGCGGCCUGGGCCCAGGCGGCCUCGCAGGCGGCCCCGCAGGCGCCCCUCCAGGCGCCCCUCCAGGCGCCGCCGUCGCCGCUUCCGCGGCUCCAGCCGCCGCAGGCACGGCCGCCCUUCCCCGCACCGCAUCCGGCGGGCUCGAGCUAGCCGCGGACCCGCGCUCAGGCAAACCCGCGCCUGCAGAUCCCCGCACAGGCACGUCGCGCGCAGACGCGCGCGUGCGCGACGCCGUCUCCAACGGCGUUGCCUUCGGCGAGGAGUACCUGCUGACGCGCGGCGUGCAGGAGCCCGGCGAAUUCUUCGACGCGCAGCGCGAGGACCGCGAACGCGUCUUCGUGUAUUUCGGGCCUUCCAGCUUUCUAGGCCUGCUCACAGGCGCCGCGUUCGGCGACGGAUCCCAUUUCGCCAACGCAGAAAAACUUGCCUCGGCGCUGCCCCUCGGCGGCGCAGGCACGCCCCGCAUCGCCAACGUCGAGAUGCUCCGCAUCUCCGGCGCGUUCCUCUUGCCUGCCAAGCAGAUCUGCGACGCGCUCGUCGACACCUAUUUUGCACGCGUGCACGCACUCAUGCCGAUCAUUGACCAGACUGAGUUCCGCGCCCAGUACGCAGCGCACUGCUGCUCCAUGUUCCUGCUGCAGAGCAUGCUGUGCGUCGCUGUCAAGCUCGCAGAACAGCCCUGGCUGCGCGCCCAGCUGCGCGACGCGCGCGGGUCGCGCGACCUCGCCGCGACCAUCUUCUACCAGCGCGCCAAGGCGCUCUACGACGGGCGGUACGAGCAGAACGAAAUGGCGCUCCUACAGGGCAUGCUGCUGCUGAGCCGCCAAGGGUUCCACGAGAAAAACACGAUCCAGAUGCCCAUGUAUUUCAUCAAAGCCGCCGUCAGCGUGGCGCAGACGUACGGCAUGCAUCGCGCCGCCGAGCGGCACCCGACGUUUACCCCAAACGAAAUGCGGCUGCGCAAGCUGGUGUGGUGGCAGCUCUACGUGCUCGACACAGUCGUGUCCGUAGCGAUCGGCCGCCCGCAGGCAAUCAACCUCGACGACUGCGACGUGCCUGUGCUGACGCACAGCGACUUCGAGUUCGAGGGUGGCCUGCCCGAGCACGCACCGCCGCUCGCGAACCGGGAUUGCGUCAUCUGCACGGUGCAGAUCGCGGAGAUCAUGUCUCGGGUCGCGCGCGAGCUCGCGCGACACGAGUCAGAACGGCCGCGGGCCGCGCUGGUGGCGCGGUUCGACGUGCUCCUGCAACGGUGGCGCCAGGAUCUGCCAGAGACGCUGGCGUACCGCACGAACGCGGAGAUCUUCACGCAGCAUUCCUUGCCCAAGGCGUUUGUCAACGCGCUCUACUACAAGACGCUGUGCCUGCUGCACAAGGGCAACAUACACGCGCCAGGCACGGAAGGCACGGAAGGCAACGCCGCGCAGCACAACUCCGCGGGGAUCGCGUUCCAGGCCGCGCAUUCGCUCACGCUGAUCGGCCAGAUCUUGCUGGACCGCGGCGAGGUCGGGUACUGCUACGUGUCGCACGCGUACUGUUUCUUCGAGGCCAUGAUCAUCCUCGUGCACCGCAUGUACGACCCGGGCUCGCCGUACCGCGACGUCGCGGUCGCGUGCUACCAGGUGCUCGACAAAGUGCUGGCGCGGUUCGGCGAGCUCUGGAACUCGUGCGAGCUGCUGCGCGACGUGCUGUACAAGUUCACGCAGAACCCGGCGUACCUGCGCAGCGUCGUCCAGAAGUUCAAGGACCGCGUCGGCGCAGACGAGGCCCCGCCGCAGUUGCCGCUCGAGGUCGAGUGGGAGCCCUCGGCGGUGGUGCCUGCGAGCGUGCCUGCAGGUAUGGCCCCGCAGGCACCGCAGGUGCCGCAGGCGCCGCCCCAGUACCCGGUUUUCCCCCACAUGGCCGCGCCGUUUCCACCGGCGCCGUUUGCGCCCGUGCAGUUUGCGCCCGCCCUGCAGCAUAUGCAGGCACCGCCUGCGGCGGUGCCUGCGGGCCCACCGGCCCUGGCCCCGGCGCCACCUUUCAAUUUCAUGACCACCGACGUACUCUCUGCAUCCGCCAGCUCGCAGCAAUUCGACCCGCGGCUGCUUUUCCCGGACGUCUCGGAACCCCUGCCCGCAGACUUCAAGUUCUCCGGCCGGCAAUCGCUGUGGCACAGCCCCGCCUCGGACCAGGAGGUGUUCCAGCAAACGCAACAGGAGCCCCUGCCGUACACGGCGCACAUGCCAAACGCGUCAAGUCCCGUGCAGCCGACGUCCAUCCCGCUGCCGCCCGAGUUCUGGGAUAGCGUAAAGGUCAACUUUACGUUUUUCGACGAGCCCCACCGGCAGCCGCUCUGGGCCGACUCGGGCCGCCAAGACGACGCAGACCACCGAGACCCAAACCCUGGCGACGCGGACCUUCGUGACCCUGACCACGGCGACGCCGGUGCCAGCGGCUAUUGA